AUGACUACCGACAUGAACCACGGCGGCCAGAUGAUCGAGUACAUCCAAGACCGUCUCUAUCUUGCAUCUUAUGAUUCUGCUCCCAGCUCCAGAACUCCGUUUCCCUUCCAUUUGGACGCACCCAAGUCCCCAAGCAAACGUGCACGUGCUCAGCCCGCCACUCCAAGCAAGCGCCGCUCUCCCGUGUACUUCACGAUUGACGACACUCUGCUGUACAAUGCCUUCCACGCGGAUUUCGGCCCACUCCACAUUGGCCAUCUCUACCGAUUCGCCGUGCUUUUCCACGAAAUCCUCGGCGACCCAGCCAACAGCGACCGCCCGGUCGUGUUCUACAGCAAGACUGAUGCGCGGAGUCGCGCCAAUGCGGCCUGUCUAGUUGCAUGCUACAUGGUCAUGAUUCAAUCUUGGCCGCCUCAUUUGGCACUGGCCCCAAUCGCACAGGCGGAUCCUCCUUAUAUGCCUUUCCGUGACGCCGGUUACAGCCAGGCAGAUUUCAUUUUGAACAUCCAAGACGUAGUGUACGGCGUGUGGAAGGCCAAGGAGCAGUCGCUUUGCGGACUGCGCGACUUCAACCUCGAGGAGUACGAAAAGUUCGAACGUGUUGAUAUGGGUGAUUUCAAUUGGAUUACUCCCGAUUUCCUUGCCUUUGCAUCUCCCCAGCAGCAACCCGUGGCGCCAAUUCCUGUCAAUACCCCUGAGUACAAUGCGCUGCCCACGACAAUCUCGGAAAUCUCCUCAUCCAAACUUCCUAUGCCCUUCAAGAAUGUCCUGGCACACUUCCACCAACGCAAUAUUGGUCUCGUUGUUAGACUCAAUUCAGAGCUCUAUUGCCCAUCCUAUUUCACCGCAAUGGGAAUCUCUCACAUUGACAUGAUCUUCGAGGACGGCACGUGUCCCCCACUCCAGCUCGUCAGACGUUUCAUCAAAAUGGCACACGAGAUGAUCACCGUCAAGAAGAAGGGUAUCGCCGUUCAUUGCAAAGCAGGCCUGGGCCGCACAGGGUGCUUGAUUGGUGCUUACCUGAUCUACAAGUACGGAUUUACUGCCAAUGAAAUUAUCGCCUUCAUGAGAUUUAUGCGACCGGGUAUGGUCGUUGGACCUCAGCAACACUGGCUCCACCUGAACCAGGGCACUUUCCGUGAAUGGUGGUUUGAGGAUAGCAUGCGGGAGAAGUUGGCCCAGUCCAUGCCCGCCACUCCCAGAGUCUCAACCAAGAAGCGCAGCAGCAACGGAAUGGUGUCUACUCCACCAAACAACAGCCACUCCAAGCGUGCGGCACUCGGAGAGAUCGAUAACAAUGAAGCUGCUGCCUACCCAGACCAGGAUCUCCCUGCACCAACCCCUGGUCAGCCUCGCAAAUCCCACCGAAAGGACUCGCGCCAUCACCCUUAUUCACGAACGGCAUCCGGAUCACUCGCUGUCGAAAACGAGCAGCGUACCCAUCGCAGUCACAGAAAGAGCAACGAAAGUAGCGAGAGCGAAGAAGAAAUCCAGCUUCGUCGGCUCGCCAAGCGAACGUCCAGGUCCCCCGUUGCAUCACCCACAUCACGGUCCAUCAGUUACUCUGCCACCGUCACAGCAAGCUAUACCCUCGCAGAGGACAACCACAGAGAUCAAGAGAAUUGGGUAGAUCACUCAGCCCCAAAGACUCCUGUCAGCCGGAAGAGCGCUGCGGCUCCUAUCUCUGUGAGCAAAGUUCGUUCCAGCCCUCGUCGGGCAACGGACAGCAACCGCACCGAGUCUCGCGGUGUUCGUAAGCCUAGCAGCCGUGUUGCCAGCAACACUGUAAGCCCUGUGCGGGCUACCAAGGCCGUCCACUGA